AUGCCGCCCCCGCCGCUCCUCGCCUGCCUCCUGACCCUCCUCCUCGUCACCGCGGUGGCGCCACCGGCCGGCGCCUUCUGCGUUUCGAAGAAGGCAGGGGCGCACAGCAAGCCAGGGGCGCCGGCCAAGCCGAAGCCCGCGCCCGCGCCGGCGCCGCCGAAGCCGACCCCGCUCAUCCCCGGCGCCGACAUCGUGCGGAGCCUGUGCCUGAAGACGGACUACCCGGACCUGUGCAUGUCGUCCAUCUCGAGGCAGCCGCAGCCGCAGCUCCCCGGCGGGAGGCGGCUCGACGGCGCGGGGGUGCUCCGGCUGGCGAUGGCCGCCGUGCGCGCCAAGGCCGCCGAGGCCAGGGCGGCGGCGGCCGCGCUGGCGAAGGACCCCAGGACGCAGCCGCAGGCGCUGGGCCCGCUGCACGACUGCGUGCAGUCGUUCGACGACCUGGCUGACAGCCUGGACGGCGCCGAGAAGGCCAUCGCCGCCGGCGACCGGGGGACCACGGGCACCAUGCUCGACACCGUGCGCACCGACGUGGACACCUGCGACCAGGGCUUCGAGGAGCGCGAGGAGCUCAAGCCGGUCAUGGCCAAGCGGGACGCCGAGCUCGCCAAGCUCGCCAGCAACUGCCUCGCCAUCGCCACCGCCGCCGGCCUGCGCUAG